GAGGCUGGCCGUAUAUAAGGCGGGCGGGGUAAGCGCCAGCCGCCAUUUUGUCCAGUGAGGAAAAGCGGAGCUGGGGUCUCGCUGAGGGGUCGAGUCGGCUGAGUUUAGCGCGGGCUCCCUUCGCGCGCCCUCCCUCUGAGCAUCGCAAUGCAUCGCGACUCUUGUCCGCUGGACUGCAAGGUUUACGUGGGUAACCUUGGAAACAAUGGCAACAAAACGGAAUUAGAGCGAGCCUUUGGCUACUAUGGACCACUGCGCAGUGUGUGGGUGGCGAGAAAUCCUCCUGGUUUUGCCUUUGUGGAAUUCGAAGAUCCACGAGAUGCAGCUGAUGCAGUAAGAGAACUAGAUGGAAGAACGCUGUGUGGGUGCCGAGUCAGAGUGGAGCUCUCCAAUGGGGAGAAGCGGAGUCGGAACCGCGGCCCCCCUCCCUCGUGGGGCCGGCGUCCCAGGGACGACUAUCGCAGGAGGAGUCCUCCCCCUCGGCGCAGAUCACCACGAAGGAGAAGCUUCUCCCGGAGCCGCAGCAGGUCCCUCUCCAGAGACAGAAGAAGAGAGAGAUCACUCUCACGGGAGAGGAACCACAAGCCUUCUCGCUCCUUUUCCAGGUCUCGCAGUCGCUCCAGGUCAAAUGAGAGGAAAUAGGACUGUGGGAAGGAGCUGUGUACAGGAAGUCACGAGAUCCGAGGCCAGGAGUAUGUACAGAACAUUGUUUUGUUUUGAAACUUCAUAAAGCUUGGUGCAUUUUUAAAAUGUUUUAGCUGUUGAACUUGCUUUGUUCCUUGUAUCUUGUAACAGGUGGCAAAUGUAAAGAUGUGAAUCUGUAUAUGGUUCUGAGCAGAUCCUAUGAUUUGUAUUAUUAAUGGUUUUCCAGUGUACCAUUAGACAUGGUUUGUGUGUGUGUGGAAUGGUAAAUGGUCUGUGUCCGUAGCUGGGGGGGUUUGCUGGGGCUCAGCUCUCAAGGAAGUGUGCUGGGAUGGUGUGUUCCUUGUGGAAUUGUGGCCUGGAGCAGAGCAGGGGGUGGGUGCUCCAUAGCCCAGUUGCAGGGAAGAGUCAGAGCAGGAACCAGUGGCACGGGGAGGGGAGGGCUGGGCUGCAGCUUCAUCCAGCUCCAGUUCUGACUGCAUUACUUGGAACUGAGCUGCUUUAUAUUCCAUAAAUUACAAAUUUUUAGCUGUAGGAUCAGUUAAUUUUGUACUUGGUGUGAGUAGAGUCCUUAAUUAGCCGAUUGUUGAUUGACCAUCUAUUCCAGAACCUCUGAAUAGACCAAAUCCACAAGCAGAACUGACACCUGGAGUGGAUGUGUUAAGUGUCUAAUGGUACAUUGUAAACUUUAGGAGUUAAACAUUUCUUUACUGUACAAGACUUUUCAUGUCACUUGUAAAAUGUCUUUUGUGAGAUCCUUGGGAUUAAAGUUUUGGUUACAACUC